AUGCUUACUACAUUGGAAUACAACGCAUCCUCACUCAAACAAGAUGCGGUCGCUGCCGGGAAUCCGACGGGAUACCCAACGGAAAGAUUACUUUUGUCGUGUCGGAUUAAAAUUGUUAAUGGAGUUGGGCUCGAGGAUAUUCAACUUUUUCCAUUCAAAGUCUCUUCAACAAAGUGGCGUUUCUACGUUAAGGGUGCGAGUGAAAUUCUUGCCAGUGGAAAGGGCCAGAGUUUAGAAUCUACCGCUGAGAGGGAUGCUAUUAUUCCAAAUCUACAAACCACCGAUAUCGGGUUCUCUAUGGGUAUUGCUGGGACAGAAGUAGCCAAAGAAGUUUCUCCAAUUCCAACUGACUGUUAA